AUGGAAGAUGUUACAGAGCUGAUAGCAUCAGGAAUGGGUUCUGACUUAGUUCCCAAGGCAGUGCCAAGUCUGUUUGAGCCACUAGAAUCCUUUCUUGAAGAUAAGAGAGGUCAGCCGACUGAACUGAACAUAAUGGAGAGUGAUAUUCUUGCAUUAGCUAGUCAAGUUGGGGAUGAACUGGAGACAAGUGGAGUUGAUGAGUCAAGCAUAGCAGCUGAUUUGUCCUUCUUGGAAGAUGUAGAGACGAAAGAAUCAGGUGAUAAAGAUGAUGCUCUGGCAUUCCUGGUCAGUGGUGGACAGAUGGAAGUGGACGCAGAAGCUCUGGAUAUUCUUGAUGAGAAUCUGAUAUCAAAAGUUGAUAAUUAUUCAGAAGAUGAUGAGGAAUCUGAUUCAGAUGAGGAAAUAUCUGAUGCUGAAAGUGGCAGCAGGAGUGAAAGUGAUGAUACAGAGAAGACUGAUCAGGAUGAAGAUAACAAAGAUGAUGAUAUUGAAGAUGAUGGGGUCUAUGGACAAGUUUCCUUCUAUGAUGAUGAGGCAGCUUCGGGUAACUUAUUAAAUGUUCAAAGUUCACAGAAAACUGAAUCCAAAAAUAAGGUAAAACGCAAAAAGUCAAAGAAAAGGCUUAAAGCAGAAGGGGAAGGUGAUUCUAAGCUAUCCAAGAAAAAGCAGAAACGGAAGAGAAGAAAAUUAGAUGGUGAUAAAGAUAAAAAUGGCGACACAGUUUUUAAAUCAGGCUCUGGUGUGAUGAGACGCAAAAAUAUCAGGUCAAUUCUUAGUGGAAACAGUUUGGAUAAAGAAAUGUUAUCAGCCCAGAAUGAAGAAUUUGAGCGUCAGAAACGGUUAAUGGAGCUAAAGAAAUCUCUUCUGUUGGAGAGUGCUGCAAUGGGGAGUGCAACAGAAUCGGCAUCUCCUGUAGUUUCUGCGUUAACAACCAAUCUUUCGGCGGGUAUCUCAACAACAAAUGAGAAGGAUUCUCAGUUAAAAUCUUUACUGCAGGUUGCUGAAGAAGAGGCUGAAAAGGAAGCAGAAAGGAAACAAGCAGACAAAGAGAUGAUCAAGAUCAAAAAGGAAAUAGUUCCCUUUUCACCUCCAUCAGAUGUAAUCACCUUGAGCAGUGAUUCGGAAAACUCUGAAGGUUUGGAUGAUGACGAGUCUGAUGACGUGGUGAUGGUGCCUAGUGAUGAAAGUGACAGUGAGGAGGAUGAAGAUGAUGGCCCUGAAGAUAUCAAUAAUGGUGGGUCCCACAUCAAUGACACCCUGAACCUGCCGGACACAGACGGAAGAGUUCAAGUCAACAUCGGCCACCCUGCAGAAGAUCCUGACAUUUUCUUGGCACCUCAGAUAGCCCAGGCUAUUAAACCACACCAGAUUGGUGGUGUCCGGUUUCUGUAUGACAACCUCAUUGAAUCUGUUGAACGGCUAAGAACCACGCCUGGCUUCGGCUGUAUUCUGGCUCAUAGUAUGGGGCUGGGAAAGACAAUACAGAUGAUCUCCCUGAUUGAUGUAUUCCUGCGAUGUGCUGGCGGGAAGCGAGUGCUGUGUAUUGUGCCAAUCAAUACUCUUCAGAACUGGCUAGCAGAGUUCAACUAUUGGCUGCCCCCUGCUGAAAGACUGCACCCAGAGGAUGACAUGACCCAGAGCAGGACUUUCCCACUGUUUGUCAUCAAUGACAGUAUGAAAACAACCUCAGCUAGAGCAGCUGUUGUGGAGAAAUGGAGGAGCAGCGGGGGUGCACUGGUAAUUGGAUAUGAAAUGUUCCGCCUGUUGUCCUCAAAGAAAGCUGCUCCAAGCAGAGCAAAGAAUCGAUCCAGGAAAGCCAAACAAGAGGUCAUAGAUAUUGAAGAGGAGGACAAGAACAAAAGUCUCAUGAUUGAUAUGCACAGUGCUUUAGUUGACCCUGGGCCAGACUUGGUUAUGUGUGAUGAAGGUCACCGUAUCAAGAACAGUGGCGCCGCUAUCUCUAUGGCAUUAAAGAGUAUCAAGACAAGGCGACGAGUUGUUUUGACUGGUUACCCCUUACAAAAUAACCUGAUGGAAUAUUGGUGCAUGGUGGACUUUGUGCGGCCAAACUUCCUAGGAACAAAGACAGAGUUCAGCAACAUGUUUGAGCGGCCCAUCAUGAACGGACAGUGUGUCGACAGCACAGCCAUGGACAAGAAACUCAUGAGACAUAGAUCCUAUGUGUUGCAUAAUCUUCUAGAGGGAUUUGUACAGAGGAGAGGCCACACGGUGCUGCAGGUGAAUCUUCCACCCAAAGUUGAGCAUGUGUUGCUGGUUCGCCUGAGCCCCAUUCAGCGCAGAAUGUAUUGUGAAUUUAUGAAAUCUAUUACUGAAUCAGGACUCUCCUCUUGGGCUACCAACAACCCUCUGAAGGCAUUUGCUGUGGGCUGUAAGUUAUCUUACAGACAUACAUACAUGAUUGUCUGUGUUUGUUACUCAGUUCUUACUCAGAUUAUCUCAGUUAUCACAGGCAUACAUGAUUGUCUUGUUUUGUUACUCAGUUAUCUUACAGGCAUACAUGAUUGUCUUGUUUUGUUACUCAGUUAUCUUACAGACAUACAUGAUUGUCUUGUUUUGUUACUCAGUUAUCUUACAGGCAUACAUGAUUGUCUUGCUGAACCUCAAAUGAAAGGCUAUGUUGGUGGCAUUCUAGAAAAUAGUGGCAAAUUUAUGCUGAUGAAUUCCCUAGUGGAAGAAUGUUUGGCCCUCGGUGACAAAGUCCUUAUUUUCAGUCAGAGCCUGUUGACCCUCAACAAAAUGGAAGAAUUUAUGUGCAAGAUGAAAGUGCCUAGAACAGACAUAAACGAGUGUUGGCAACGCAACAAAACAUAUUUCCGCUUGGAUGGCAGCACAUCAGCACAGGAUAGGGAGAAGAUGAUCAACCACUUCAAUGAUCCAGAAAGCAAAGUUUGGGCAUUCUUGUUGUCUACCAAAGCGGGUUGUCUGGGCAUCAACCUGGUUGCUGCUAAUCGAGUCAUCGUUGUGGAUGCAUCUUGGAACCCCUGUCAUGAUUGUCAGGCCAUCUGUCGUGUCUAUCGCUUUGGCCAGGUGAAGAAAUCGUACGUGUACCGGUUCAUCACAGACAACACUUUGGAGAAAAGGAUUUAUGAUCGGCAGAUCAGCAAGCAAGGAAUGUCAGAUCGCAUUGUGGAUGACAUGAACCCAGAAAACAAACUCACACGCAGGCAAGUGGAGAACUUGUUGGAUUUUGAGGAUGAAGAGUUCCCUAUGCUGGAUUUUUCAAAUGCUGCAAGCAAAUACGGCCACGAUUCUGUUAUGCUGAAUGUCUUGAAAAAGCAUGGACAGUGGUUGACUAAGCACCCCUUCACGCAUGAAUCCCUGCUGAUUGACCGGAAGGAGCUGAGACUUUCUAAAAGAGAGAAAAGACUUGCCAAGGAAGGCUACGCUAGGGACAAACGAAUGAAGUUAACGAAUAUACGGCCUCCGGCUGCAGCUUUCUUCCCUCCACAGAUGGGGGGUAUUCCAUACAGAAUGCCUUACAACAACAGAUACAAUUACGCUGCUUUCCAGCGUGCCCCGGCUGUUCGCCCUAUUGCAAGUGUUCGUCCUAUGGUUGUUGCACAUUCUCAGAACAGAGAAGACAAAGCUAAACCAUUUGGUAGCCAGCCUUUGAGGCCAGGGGUCAGCAUUCACCAGGUUAUUACUACCACUGACAUUGUCCUGCCUGGAACUAACACGGGAACUCAGGCUGGUGCUAAUGGGAACAAGAUUGUGGCCGGAGAAAAGAUUAUGGUGAUCAAAACACCCAAGGGGGUGUAUAUACGCACAGAUGAUGGGAAAAUGUUUGCAGUCAAAUCCAAAUCUGGCUCAACUCUUGAAGAUAUCACCAGGUCAUGCAUUUCUACCACCAGCACGGCAACAACGGCAACUCUGAGCUCAGCCAGGGGAAGCCGAGAUUUUCCUGGCUAUGGCACCUCUGCUGCUUCUGGUGGGAAAAGGUCACAAUUUACCAUCGCUGGCAACAAGAAGGGCCUGUCAUUUACUGGAUCAGAAAGUGGUCAUAAUUCUAGGACAUCCGCAUAUGAGAAUUUCACUUCACUAGGUUCUUUGAAACCACAGUUUCUGAAAACAGGGACAGCAGAGUUGAGAUCAUCACCAGCGUUUUCACCCAUUCCAUCACUACAGUUCCCCCUGCCAGCUUCUGGGUCUGGUAAAAACACCUCUCUUGCAGAUCUCAUCGCUAGUGAUGAUUACAUUGCAGACAGAAACAAAAUGAUCAGUGCUGCACAGAUGCAUGCCAGAUCUAAGAUGCCUGGAACUGACCUGCCCUCACUUGCUACGCGAACACCUCGCCAGCUAUCACAUAUUCAGAUGUCAGCAGCAGCAUCUUCUGGUGGUGGUGGUGGUGGUGGCGGCGGCGGCGGCAUGGUAGGACCAGCAAACCACAGGCUGAGAAGAUCUGUGGCUGCAGAACACAACUCUGCUCUGGGCAUGGAUAAGAAGAAUGAAGUCCAGCGGUUUUCGGCCAAAAACACUCUUGCUCAAAACAACAAGCAUGGUGCUGCUGCAGGUGCUGCAUAUUCAGUUCCCAUGACAUCGAACAAAAAGCAAACAUUGUCGCACAUAGAAACACAGGCUUCACACAACUUUAACAGGAAUCUGUCCCACAACAGCCUGAGGGAUACACAGCAGCAGAUCUCCCAGAAUUAUUCGGAUGUGGCUGGCACAUACAAGAGCAACACAGAAACUGGAAGUUCACACAAGUUCCUGACAUCCUCACCGCCAUCAUCUGAGGGGGACACAAACUCACUGGGCAGGGAUCUGCAGGCUGACACACUAACAGUGGGCAGAGAUUUGGUUCAGGAUAGUCUGGGAAUGUCCAGCCAAAGACCCCACUCUGCUGGUUUUGGCCAGAGAUACAGAAGUGGUGAAGCAUCUGCUGACUUGAGUAAAAAUGUCACAGAAGAAGGAAGCAAAGCCCUGCAAAAUACUGGCCAAAAGUUCAACAUGGCUAACACUCAGCGAUUUAGUCCCUACCCCUCAGAUUUGUUCAACCCCUAUUUAGAUUCAACUCAGGGGAAAAGACCUGUACAGAAACAUUUGUCAACAUAUUUGGAUGUUAACGAUUUCCUGCCAUUCUCUUCAAUUCCAUUUAGCCAGAGCGUACCCGCAUCUUUGAAUCAUUUAGAAGAUGAUAUGCAUGAGGCUAGCAGUGUCUACGACUCUUCCAGUUCUAACUCAUACCAGUUUGGUUCAUCGUUUACCCCAAGUAUUCAGCCAAAUGCAACUUUUCCAUCAACAAACAGUUCUAACAAUCCAUCCUUUAGCUAUAGCUCCAACUUUGUUGACAGAGGGUCUGUCAACUCACCCUCUUUUGUGCCUCAGGAUCAUGGUCAGCAAGACUCUCUGCCAUCAAAGAUUAAAACUACUUUCAAUCUGCCAAACAGUAACACUCUUUAUUCUAUGGACAUGCCAUUCGAUGAUGUUUCAUCUCAGGGCCAGCAGCAGAAGUUUUCAACAUCAUCAUCCUCAUCAACAACACCUACUCCUCAGGAACAUGGUCUUGUGACCAUGGACUCCAGCGCUGCGUCACCAGCAUCCAGUCCACGACAUGCUUCAAACAUCUCCGACAGCAUCAACCAUUUUCUGGCUAUAGCCAGUAGCCAAAAGAACAGUGCUGACAACAGAACAAGUAACAGUACUUCCCAAGGAUUCAGAUCUAGCAGCUAUGACAUGCAAGAAUCCGGCCCUACAAAUGACGACUCAAAUGGUUCUAAUUCACUUGGUGGCAGUAGUUUUAGCAUGAUCCAAACUGGUAGAUUCUCACCUGCUCAUUCACGUGGAACUGAUAAAAUUAGAGGUGGUAUAUCAUCUGUUACCACAUCAUCCCAGCCACAAUCAUUCAGAUCAAAGAGAGAACAUGAAAGUUCAGCACCGUACUACAACAGCAAAAUGAGUUUAUUCAACAGCCAAAGUAUGCAAAGAUCGGCUGGAGAUGAUUACGGAAGUAGUUCUGCAUACGAUUCCAAUUACGGUACAUCAGCACAGCCAUUUUCAUCAUCCACAUUGAUGUCCCCUUCAGAGCAACCAAGAUAUUCCCAAGCCUCGCUGAGUUACCCCAGAUUGUCGCCCUUGAUGUCAGGAACUUCCUCGUCUCCUUCACCAGCCCUCCCCAGUGAUGGUGGAUCAAUAUGGCCUUCGUUGUCUGCAGGUGUAAUCGACAGAGAUUAUAAUUACCCACCUCAUUCCUCAAACGUAGGUUUUUCUACAGGGCACAAUCAGACCUUGGGCCAGUUCACAGAUUCAGAAGCUAACCUUUAA